GGAAGGCGGAUUUUGGCAGCUUUAUCCCCGCAAACCACGGGUCUUACAGCGGAUGCCUCAGUGGACUUUCAGGCCAUCCCUGCUCUUUCCUUAGCUGCCCCUCCCCUACGCUGCGUGCUGUGCCCCCCUUCAGCGCGAGUCUUCCCGCCUGGGCAAAGUCAAAACCAUUCUGCGCCCCCGGUUUUCAAGGCUGCCGUGAACCUUUACGACUCUUUUUUUAUUAUUUGUUUCUCGACAAAUACCUUGACACGCCAGAACAAUAACGCCGCGCUGCCCUCUUUUGUUUAUUUUUUUUCUUUCUUCUAGUAUUGAAUUUAAUAUCCAAAGGGCUGCGUUUUACCAAUUGCACCAAGAGUACUCUCAUUCACACGCUUCAUUAUUCUUUCAUUUCUCGCCACAACUUGGAAUAUUCUUUUCAACCUCAAAACGCGCGUUUGUUUGACGGCCAAUUCGCUGUCAAAUGAACCUGCAAUAGUCGCCUAUCAUUAAUUCCCUUUAAUCCCCCUCCCCGGCUCUCUAAAUGCCCGCCUACUCAUCCUUGUACUCCAACUUCAUCCGUCAGGGAUCUACCUUCGCCAAGUCGAUUACUGCUCACGGUUACGCCCAAUCCGUCGUAGCUGCUACACAUCCCCAUGUUCUAAACUCACAGAACCGCCCGGUCUUCGGCCGCCGAUACACAAAGCGCCAGAACAGGCUCUCUGUCUUCCAGCUUCACAACCCGUUCCAUACCGACCGAGCCCAUAGCACUCUCGCCGACCAUCGCCAUGGAUUCAACCAUGGUGGGCUUGAUGCCUACUUCGAGGCGCUGCAGCAGAAGGAAGCUGAUGGCGAGAACGACGAAGAAUGGACACAGUUUGAAUUUCCCAAGCGUCUCGAGUGGAAGCCUGAGACUGAGGAUGUUCUCGCUUCUGAGCCUGCCGAGACUGCUCCCUCUGGCAUGACUCUUGAGGACCAAGCUGUCCUUGCACAUAUCGAUGCUGCCUUGGCGAAGGAAAUCGAGGUCCGACGCCUCAUUGAUGCUGGAGAAACCGACAACGAUCUUGUUCGAUCCGCAACCCCGAAGCGAGCCUCGCCCAUUGUCACACCCCCCGUGGUCGACCCUCAAUCGCAAUCUUAUGCCGACUAUCUCUACAAGCUGUCAGCUUCUGGUCGCUAUGCUGAGAUUCCUGCCGUCUUCGAGGCGAUGCUCGCCACCGGCGUCCCGCCUAUCGCUGGCGCCUACAAUGCUUUGCUCAUUGCGGCUAUCCACAUUCCCAUGAAGAAGAUUGAGGUUGUCUCCAAGGCUCUUGAUAUCUAUGCCGACAUGCUCCGUCGACGUGUAUCGCCUGAUGGAGAAACUUACGAUAUUCUUGUCGAUCUGCUGGCCUCACGAUCCAUUGAGGUCUCUGCCAUGAAGAAUGCUCUCGAAGAUAAGCGCAGGCGCUUUGGUGGUAUGGAUGAACCUGGAAAGUUCAUGUUUGCCUCUCACGAACUCGAGCAUGCCAUCCUCUGCGAAGAUGAUAGACUUGAUCUGGCUAUGAAGCUGUUUGAGACUGCCACAGAUGCUUCCACCGCAACAUUCUCCCCUGAAACAUACUGCCAAAUUAUUUCCGCAUGCGCUAAGGCUGGACGAGUGUCAGAUAUGGUUAGCCUGUUUGAGCACAUGGAGGACAGCCGCAUUGCCCCAUACGCGGCCGUAUUCCCAACUAUGAUCUCUGCUUACGCCGCCAAUGGUGAUUUGAUCAGCGCUGUUGAAUGCUACAGCGAGUACCGCGCGUUGGCGGUUGCCAACGACAAUGGGCAUGCUACUCUGCUGGAUAGACAGGAUGCUCAAGUGUACGCGUCCGUCAUCAAUGCCUACGUUGUCUCGGACAAGAUCGAAGGUGCCAUGAAGUUCUUCAAGAAGAUUGUGGAUGAAUAUGGAGUCCAGGUCGCCGACAUCAAGGAUGCUCUCAUUACUGGCGGCUUUGUUGAUGGGUUUGUCAACCGUGGCAUUCUCCAAGAGGCCCUGCACUGGGCUGAGUCCAUCGAGGCCAAGUCUCGUGCUAGAACUUUGAUCAACAUUGCUACAAAGGCUGCUGAUGCUGAUGAGCAGUCUACUGCUGUCGAGGCAUUCAACAGCAUAUCUUCUGAUGUGCAGUCCUUAGCGAAGCCUGCCAUGGCCAUGCUUGCUAUGAGCGUCCGCGCUGGAGACGUCGCAUCUGCUACCAAGUACUGGCAUGUGCUGGUGAACCCUGAGAUGCGCGCUACCACCUCUUUCAUUGAACCUGCUACGAUGUACGCCGUUGCUCUCAUUGGAUCCGGUCAAGUCGCCGAAGGUUUGUCUCAGGCAGAGAUGAUGUUCCAGAGAGUUCGUGCAUCAGAACCUGACCUCUGUGAAGAGAUUGACGAAGGCGUCGACUUCAUUUCGCGUUACAUGCAGUCCCGAGGUGUCUCUGACCCUCGUGAGCUCUCCUCCCCUGUUUCAACCAUCCAGCAGCAGCCUUCCACUGCGUCGCCUUUCCUGUCGACCCCUACCGUGUCUAGCUUUGAGGACAGCUUUGAUCCCCAUGCUCAGAACACCGAUUUCAAGGGUUCAUCGAUGAUUGCUGAUGAUCUUGAGGGUAGCCAUGGCCGCAAGGGCCCUCGCCUAGGUGAUGCCCUCAACAGAUUCCGCAACAUGCGCCGCGCCGGUCGCCACCCAAGAUACAUUACAUACGCCAAACUCAUCACUGCCGCUGCAAAGGAAGGCAAGAUGGACCUCUGUCAAGAAAUUCUAGCUAUGGCUCGCAACGACGUCCCUCUUCUUACCCAGUACGCCGUUGUUCGCUAUGGAUGGUCGUCUAUUCUUGAUGCUAUGGUUGGCGCUUGCUUGACCCUUGGCAACCGUGGCCGUGCUGAACAGUAUCACCAGGAGUUGCUGGAGAUGGGCUCUGCCCCCUCUGCCAACACCUUCGGCCUGUACAUCACCACACUCAAGGAGUCGACCAAGACCUUCGACGAAGCCUCAGAGGCUGUGCGCAUCUUCCACCGUGCUAAGAGCGAGGGAGUUGAGCCUAGCUCAUUCCUCUACAACGCUUUGAUUGGCAAGCUUGGCAAGGCUCGUCGCAUUGACGACUGCCUGUUCUACUUUGCUGAGAUGCGCGCUCUUGGUAUCAAGCCUACCUCUGUUACAUACGGUACUAUUGUCAAUGCCCUUUGCCGUGUGAGUGACGAAAAGUUUGCCGAAGAGCUGUUUGACGAGAUGGAGGCCAUGCCUAACUACAAGGCUCGCCCUGCUCCCUACAACAGCAUGAUGCAGUUCUUCCUCACCACCAAGCGUGAUAAGUCCAAGGUCCUCGCUUACUAUGAGCGCAUGAAGUCCAAGGGCAUCGCCCCGACCUCGCACACAUUCAAGUUACUCAUUGAUACACAUGCAACUCUGGAGCCCAUCGAUAUGGGUGCUGCUGAGGAGGUUUUGGCCUCCAUGACUUCCGCUGGCCAGCAACCGGAGCCUGUCCACUACGCAUCGCUUAUUCAUGCCCGUGGAUGUACAAUGCAUGAUCUUGCUGGUGCUCGCAAGACGUUUGACUCUGUUGUUGCGCAGUCUAAUGUCCCGGUCAAUACCAGCAUGUACCAGGCCAUGUUCGAGGCCAUGGUUGCCAACCACGAAGUCGGCCAGACCGAGUCUCUUCUUCAGCAGAUGCGCCAGGCUCAAAUCGAGCUCACUCCAUAUAUUGCCAACACCCUGAUUCACGGUUGGGCCGCUGAGCACGACAUUGUCAAGGCACAAGCUGUGUACGAUGCUGUGCCACGCGAGAGGAGAGAGCCCUCUACCUACGAGGCGAUGACCAGGGCCCUUUUGGCAACUGAGCGCCGCGAACAAGCCAACGUUGUCGUUGCUGAGAUGCUUACUCGCGGCUACCCCAGCGCCGUCGUCAACAAAGUACUGGAACUGCUCGGUGGUGGAAACCAGGAGCAGACCGUCCAGUAAACACCACAAUUCACACAAAAAGUUUCAUGUCUGGCCAUGGCCAUACGUUGUCUUCUUUUUUAUUCUCCGAUAGCCUCUUUUUGAUACCCCGUUUUUCUGCUUUCUGUUCUAGCAUCCAUUUUAUAUCUUGCUUCGUUUUUUUGUCGGGGUGUUUUCCAGCAAAGAGGCUAGAUGCCGCUGUUGAAAGAAUCUUGCAUAUCCAAUUUGGACAUUUGGCGUUCUGGCGGCAUUUCAUAUUUAUCUGUUUAGCAACAUCAGGAAGGUUUCCCUGUGGGAUGGGACGGUUACGGUUGGGCUUCAUGGGCAGGUGUUUGCCCUUUAUUAUAGACAAUCUCCACUCGGCAACAAAAAAUUGCCACAAAACAUGUAUCGACUUGCAAGCAAUCACCUCGCUAUCUGAGUGUAGGUGUAAGUUGUUGGUCGAUUGUACCAUAUAUAUAGCAAGCAAUGGACAAAGUUCCUCCCUACAAAGUGUUCCCCAGUUAACCAUUGUGUUUAAAAUGUAGUAAACAAGGCUAUAAUAAUACGUUCUAUAUUGU